CACUGAUUCGAGGCCAAAAACAAAAAAAUUAUAAUAAUUAAAAGUUUAAGCAAAAGAUAGCCAUGGCCCACGACCGCGAGGUGUUGCGCAUGAUAUGGGAGGGUCAGAUUGGCAUCUGCUUCCAGGCGGACCGUGACGAGAUAGUGGGCAUCAAGCCAGAGCCCUUCUACCUGAUGGUCUCCCGCCUCAGCUACUUGCCGCUGGUCACUGAUAAGGUGCGAAAGUACUUCACCCGCUACAUUGCCGCCGAGCAUCAGGAUGGUGCUGUCUGGUUCGACUACAAUGGCAUACCGCUGCGACUGCACUAUCCAACUGGUGUGCUCUACGAUCUGCUGCAUCCAGAGGAGGACUGCACGCCCUGGGGUCUGACAAUACACUUUUCCAAAUUCCCGGAGGAGACGCUGGUCAAAAUGAAUUCAAAGGAGCUGUUGGAAUCGCACUAUAUGUCCUGCUUGAAGGAGGCCGAUGUGCUGAAACAUCGCGGUCUGGUCAUCUCGGCCAUGCAAAAGAAAGACCACAAUCAGCUUUGGCUGGGCCUUAUCAAUGAUAAGUUCGAUCAGUUUUGGGCCGUCAACAGACGACUCAUGGAGCCGUACGGUGACCAGGAGUCCUUCAAAAACAUUCCCGUUCGCCUCUACAACGAUGAUGAUUUCACGUACACGCAAAAACUGAUCUCGCCCAUAAGCGAAAGUGGACAAAAGAAGAGCCUCGCCGACCUGAUGGCCGAAUUAUCAACACCUGAACGCAAAGCGGUUGGAUUUCGCACCCAUGGAAUCGAUCUGCACGAGGAGACACAGGUGCAAUGGAUGUCCGAGCACCUCAGCUAUCCAGACAAUUUUCUGCAUUUAUCUGUGGACUACAAGGAUGUCUAGCCAUAACGUUUCCUCUUUGUGUGUGUGUGUGUGUAUAUACUCGAACUCGUAUUGUCCCAGUCCAUAUAUUUAUGUAUGUUUAUGGUGUUUUUUUUUCACCCAUAUUCGAUUCCAGCGUUCCCAGGGCGAUCCAAUGCGAUCGAUUUAUAUAGUAAUUUGUACACAAAUACAUAUGUAUACAAAUCUAUAUAUGUAUAGUUUUCUAAGCAAAAAGUGUGUAAUAUUUAUGACCCUAGCAUUUAAUGAAAGCCACAAACAAUAAGCAACCGAAAACCAAAACGAUUACUGCAACUACAUAUAGUCACGGAUGGAUGGAUGGAUGGAACGGGCCAGUGGAGAAGAUCUAGCAUUCAUCGUUCAUCGAUCAUUUUCUAUUAGAUAUCUAUAAGCCGCCGGAAACUGGUCAAGCCCUUGCACUAACAAGCCAACAAACAGAAAGCUUUCAGCUAUCAAUUUCGAUUUAUCCGUUUGUCAAGAUAGUGACUGACGGAACGGGACAGAAUUGGGUCUGGAAUGGCUUCUACUCGGUCCCGGUCUGGGCUUUUGGGCGGACCUUGCACAAUAUUUUAGCCAAGGCCCAAAAUCGAUGAUCUUGUUUUGUUGCCACUCCACGAACUUAUUUGAAGAGCAACGAUUUGACACUGUCAGUAGAGUGGAGGAACCGUACCAUGGCCUGCCUGAUCUAUAAUUAGUUAACGCUUUUGCCCGCACUCGAGAAUGAUUUAUUCGAUUGUUAUUUGUAUCGUUUGUCUGGGCCCAAAAAUAAACUGCAAAUCUGAUAAAAAGCAAA